AUGGCAGCUGCUCGCCCCCCUAGUAUUGCGAUGGAUGGGCAACAUGAAUCUGCCGGCGACCAAGCAGAGGAAUCCAAGGGUCCCGCGCAGGUUGAGGUGCCGCUAGAGGGCAAAUCAGAGGAAAACCCUUUAAGUUCCCAGAAGUCAGUUGCCUCGGUUGAGCCCGAAUAUCCUGGGCCCGCCCAGGUCGCUCUCAUCAUGGCCUGUAUUCUGUGCGCCAUCUUUAUCAUGUCGCUCGACCGCACGAUCAUCUCAACUGCAAUACCCCAGAUCACUAACGAGUUCAACAGCCUGGACGAUAUCGGGUGGUACGGCAGUGCGUUCAUGGUCACUGCAUGCUGUUUCCAGCUCCUAUGGGGCAAGGUCUACGGCUUCUACCCAGCCAAGUAUGUCUUCCUAGCGCUAGUGCUUCUGUUCGAAGUCGGGUCAGUGAUCUGCGCCGCGGCACCUAACUCGCUCGCCUUCAUCAUAGGGCGGGCGAUCGCGGGUAUGGGUAGCGCGGGAAUCAUGUCUGGGGCGAUCGUGCUAAUGAUGUCAGCGGUGCCGCUACAUAAGCGGCCGCUGUACAACGGCUUCUUCAGUGCGGUGCUAGGCAUCUCCUCUGUGAUCGGCCCUUUGCUAGGCGGUGCUUUCACUAGCAAUGUUAGCUGGCGCUGGUGCUUCUAUAUCAACCUACCAAUUGGGGGCGCCGCCAUGCUUGUCAUUCUGCUAGCGCUGAAGCCAGCGCCUGCCAUGAACCCCGGAUUGACGCUCCGGCAAAAGCUCUCUAAGCUCGACCUCCUAGGCGAGCUCUUCCUCUUCUCGGCGCUAAUCUGCCUUCUACUAGCCCUACAGUGGGGUGGUAGCACGUAUGCCUGGGGCAACUGGCGUAUCAUCCUGCUGUUCGUCAUGAUUGUCCAGAUACUUACUCCCGCGACGGCGACAAUUCAGCUACGAGUAAUCCGCAACCGUAGUGUUGUGGCAGCGAUGUGGUUCAUGUUCUGCCUAGCCUCAACCAUGCUAAUGCUGCUGUACUACCUGCCUAUCUGGCUGCAGGCAAUUAAGAACCGAACCGCGGUGCAGUCCGGUAUCGACACCCUACCGCUAGUCCUCUCCCUGGUCGCCGGCAGUACUAUGUCCGGCCAGGUAGUCGGUCGGCUCGGCUACUACACCCCCUUCACCAUAGCAUCAUCGUGCCUAAUGCCUAUCGGUGCUGGACUUAUCUCUACCUGGCGCGUUAACACGAGCUCUGGCAUGUGGAUCGGCUACCAGAUCAUCCUAGGCUUUGGCAUCGGCCUAGGAAUGCAGCACGCCGCUAUCGCCGUCCAGACUGUCCUUGAGCCCCGCGAUAUACCCGUCGGUGUCUCCCUCGUCUUCUUUUGUCAGCAGUUAGGCGGUGCCAUUUUCGUCUCCGUUGGCGAGAAUAUCUUCAGCCAGAAGCUCCUUGCCGGCCUAACCCGCGCCAUUGACGACUUCGACCCCGAAACCAUCGUCAACACCGGUGCCACCAACCUUCGCAGCAUCGUCCCCCCCAAGGACCUUCAUGCCGUUCUAGUUGAGUAUAACGUCGCACUGCACUGGGUAUUCAUCGUCGGUACCAUCACGGCCGCCCUCUCUGCAUUAGGUGCGUUUGCCCUCGAGUGGAAGAGUGUCAAGGGAAAGCGGGGCGGCCCUGGCGACGAAGAGGAAUAA